GUUUCGAAGUGACGAGUGCUCUCGAGCAUUUUGCCGAACGCGGCGACCGGAGGGUGCUCACAGCCCUCAUCGAUCGCUUGGAGGAUGCAGAGGGGUCCGUGCGCGCGAGAGCGAUCUCCGCGCUGUCAGUCGUGUCCGAACCUGACGACGACCAAGUCCUCGUCCAGGUCCUGGGACGAUUGCUGGACUCUGAGUCCUCUGUUCGGGCUGUCGUGGCCGAGGCUCUUCCAAGCCUCGCGACGCAGGAGAAUCGCAAGGUGUGGACCUACCUGACCCAAGCGCUUCGAAACUUCCGGCCGCCUCCGCAACGAGAAGAUUUGAAGGAGGCUGCCUGCCGCGCCCUGACAAAGUUUGUCUCGCAUGGCGACGUGGAGGCGAUCGACCUUAUCGGGGAGUGCAUCGAUGCGGAGUAUCCCCAG